AUGGGGAAAGGAGAGAGUGUAUGGAUUGGAGAAAAGGAUACCGAGACAAUUACGGCAGUCCAACCACCGCUGGCAACCAUGGUCUUCCUUCACGGCUUUGGCGAACACAUUAACCGCUACAAUCACAUGUUUCCAAGAUUCACCCAAGCUAAUAUUGAAGUUUACGCAUACGAUCAGAGAGGUUUUGGAAAGACUGGGUUGAAAAAUCAGAAUUUAGGCAUUACGGGAGGAUGGAAGGUCAUCAAGGAAGAUAUCACAGAUGCCUUGAAGGUUGCAAAACAACCCGGCGUGCCAUUGAUCUUGUUUGGACAUUCGAUGGGUGGCACUCUCGCACUUCGUUACGCAGUCGAAGGUUCUGAAUCUAAAAAUAUCUCGGCUCUUCUUAUUACUUCUCCACUGCUGAGCACAGACAGAGUCAACGAUUCAGCAGUAACAAUAGGGACUGGACUAUCGAAAGUAUUGCCGAAUUUGCAGUUUAAUACCAAGAUAGACAUCAAAUAUGUAUCACGUGAUCCGAAUGAAUGUCUCAAGUAUGCCAACGAUCCGUACAAUCAUCCUUACUGGAGCUUGAAAGGAGCAAGCGAUGUGUUUCGUGGUGCAAAGUCGGUUUUGAAAUCAGGGUACGAGAAAAUCACUCACCCUAUCUACCUAGCGCAUGGCACUGGUGAUCAGGUGACAUCCUUUGAUACAUCCAAAGAGUUGUACGAAAGACUACCUUCCACCGAUAAGACUUUUAGGGUAUGGACAGGACUAUUUCAUGAGAGUAAGUAG